GACUCAAAGGGGGAAAUUUAAUAGAGCGGACAGGAAGCGUGUGUGCACGGAGAAAGAAGGUCUGAGGUCAGACCCUGCGGACCUCCAGUAACUUCUCCUCCAUCUCGGCAUGUGGCUGACAAGACUGACUUCUCACCUGAGCCUAGCCACAAGGCUUGCAGGAUGUCUGGCCCCGCGAUGUGCAGCUACAAGUCACAGGACCUUGUUUGCAUGUUAUAGCACGCAGCACCCUCAGAGGCAACAAAGUCCACCCCCUACAUGGAGCACCCUAGAGCCAGAGCUGGAUGAGCUCCUGGUCCCCCGCAGAAUGUCCAUCAGUCCCUUAGAGAGUUUUCUUUCCUCCCGGUACUCUCUUCCUAAGCAUCUUACCUCUAAUGCCCAGCAGGAGCCAGAAGAACACGAAAAAUGCUAUGAUUGCCCCACUAGUCAUGACACAGACCAUAUUGGGGAGGAUGACGGAGACAGGGGGGUUGUGCAGUGUAAGAAUGUCUUGAAGAUCAGGCGGAGGAAGAUCAACAAGCACAAGUACAAGAAGCUGCAGAAGCGCAUCAAGUUUCUCAGGAAGAAAGUCCUUGAUAAGCGCAGAGUGAGGAAGCAGAAAAAUUUUGAAAAGGAUCUAAAUCGAAUCUGGAGAAAGGCUGGACUGAAAAAGGCACCAGACAGCUGGAUCACUCCCAAAAUUUAUGUGAAAUAUUGACAUCUUCUGAUUGCUACUUUUCUUUUAGAAUUUCUGUAUAAUAAUAAAUUAGACAUUUAUGUAGAGGGCGUG